CUACUGAGCAUUCUUUUCUAUAGAUACCAACAAUUGGACUUAGCGUUACUUUAGUUUUUACAUGACCACAAUGGCCACGAUUCCAACCAUUUCCCCGAUGUCAUGCAGCCACACGUUUCGCACCCAGUCCCUUCAGCUACCAACCGUACUCACCAGGACCCGGGUCGGAUCCGGGUCAUGGAGUCCCAUUCGGGCAUCCACCACGGAGAGAGCGGAGAUGGUAUCAAACGACAAGCAGCUGCAGACGGGAAUCGCGGGGUUCUACGACGAGUCGUCUGGCGUAUGGGAGGACAUUUGGGGUGACCACAUGCACCACGGGUUUUAUGAUCCGGAUUCCACUGCUUCGGUUUCAGAUCAUCGCGCUGCGCAGAUCCGAAUGAUCGAGGAGUCUCUUCGUUUCGCCAAUGUUUCUGAUGUUAGUACUAAAUGGCCCAAGAGUAUAGUUGAUGUUGGGUGUGGAAUAGGGGGCAGCUCCAGAUACCUGGCCAAAAAAUUUGGGGCGACGAGUGUGGGUAUUACUCUGAGUCCUGUUCAAGCUCAAAGAGCAAAUGCUCUUGCUGCUGCUCAAGGAUUGGCUCACAAGGUUUCAUUUCAGGUUGCUGACGCUUUAGAGCAACCAUUCUCUGACGGGCAGUUUGAUCUGGUGUGGUCCAUGGAGAGUGGAGAGCAUAUGCCUGACAAAGCCAAGUUUGUUGGAGAGUUAGCUAGGGUAGCAGCACCGGGUGGGACGAUAAUAAUAGUAACAUGGUGUCACCGGAAUCUUGACCCUGAAGAAGAAUCUCUAAAACCUUGGGAGCAAGAUCUGUUGAAGAGGAUAUGCGAUGCAUAUUACCUACCAGCUUGGUGCUCUAUUGCUGAUUAUGUCAGAUUGCUCCAAUCCCAGUCACUUCAGGACAUCAAAUCAGAAGAUUGGUCUCGAUUUGUUGCUCCAUUUUGGCCAGCAGUGAUACGCUCAGCAUUGACAUGGAAGGGUCUCACUUCACUCUUAAGCAGUGGACAAAAAACGAUUAAAGGAGCUUUGGCUAUGCCAUUGAUGAUUGAAGGAUACAAGAAGGAUCUAAUUAAAUUUGCGAUCAUUACAUGUCGAAAACCUGAAUAAGUGGAGGCAGGAUUAUUUUUAUAGAAAGAAACAGGUUUUCAACAGGCCUUUAAUUUCGAUAAUUAGUAAACAAGAGAAAAAAGAAAUGAAAAGUUUGGGAAUUAGUAUUACUAAUA